AUGGCUUCCUCAAUUACCGGUCCUGUACCAUUACCGCAAUCAAAGUAUGAUUUGGCUACUUACUGGGGUCGAGUUAAGCAUUGUGCCGAGAUUUCGGAUCCAACCAUGCUUUUGAAUUCAACCCAUCAGAUCGAAACUGCAAAAAGAAGGAUUUGGGACUAUAAGAAUGGUGUAAUUCCUGCCAUGACUCCUGAAUUAUGGCGUGCCAAAAAGAUCCUCGAUUCAACUUUGCAUCCUGAUACUGGAGAGACAGUCUUCCUUCCAUUUAGAAUGUCUUCGUGUGUGUUAUCAAACUUGGUAGUGACAGCCGGGAUGUUGACCCCUAACUUGGGUACAGUUGGUACAUUAUUCUGGCAAGUUGCCAAUCAAUCUUUAAAUGUGGCAAUAAAUACUGCAAAUGCAAAUAAGUCGCACCCGUUGACAACGAAACAAAUCAUUACCAACUAUAGUAUGGCAGUAACUGCAUCAUGUUCUGUUGCCCUAGGAUUGAAUGCAUUGGUGCCAAGAUUAAAGUCAUUGAAGCCAAACACUAGAAUGAUUUUAGGAAGAUUAGUUCCCUUUGCGGCCGUGGUUUCGGCAGGUAUCGUUAAUGUAUUCUUGAUGAGAAGCGAAGAAUUGAAAAAGGGAAUCUCAGUUUACAGUAGUCAGGGUGAAGAGAUGGGUAAUUCCAAGAAGGCAGCGUGGUAUGCAGUUGGUGAAACUGCAGCAAGUAGAGUCAUUAAUGCUACCCCUAUUAUGGUAAUUCCACCUUUGAUUUUAGUCAGGUUGCAAAAGACAAGAUUUUUGAAAGGGAAAUCAAAGGCAGUGGAAACUUUGGCAAAUAUCGGUCUCAUUUUCGUUACGUCUUUGAUUGCAUUACCUUUUGCCUUGGGUGUCUUUCCUCAAAGAAGAACAUUACCUGUUCAUAAGCUUGAAGAAAAAUUUCACGGAUUAAAGGAUAAAAAUGGGGAGGAACUUAGAGUAUUAGAGUUUAAUAGAGGUAUUUAG